AUGAGACAAGAUCCGAUUCCCCGAAUCGAGGAAUGUGUGCUGAUACUGGCCAAAUACUAUGUAUUUAGAGAACACGAGACUGAGUACGGAGAAUCGGGUGUGGGCAUCUCAUUAGAUACUUGGAGUGGUGCUGGUGUGUAUGCGCUUAGGCAAGCCGAUUUUUACUAUAGAAAUGCGUCUUUGGGAUAA